CUUUACGCGAGAGUGCUAUGUACAUAAGUGAAACAGAUGGCCAAAUUUUUGUCGGUCAUCUUAAGACAGUCACAUCAUAUACAUUCCUCGGACUGAGCCUUUGUAGCAUCACUGAGCUGAUUCCGCGUUUGACCUGUCAAUACUCUUGAGCAAUUCUUCAUUAUGGCCUUCCUCGCUGGGUUGGCGCCCUUCGCUGGAAUGGCACCGGCGAGUAUAGCAUCCCUCGGAUACAGUCUUACCUCCAGCAGUGUUAGUCUGACCUCCAGCUCGUUGAGCUUGGUGAACUUCCACCGCAGUAAGCUCGCCCGUGAGGGUCCACACGGCCCUGUUAUCCGGAUAAAAGUGGGAGGGGAACCAAGAGAAGGCGAAGCAUUCGGUGGGCGUAUAGAUGGUGUUUGGACAUACAACGCACUUGACGAGCGGCGAGGCACGGCAAAAGGAUCGAAUAUAGGUGCUGCAGACUACCAUGACUUCUCAAUCGAGUCACCCGUCUGGGGUGAGCUCGCUAAUUAUGUUAAUGUCAAGGCUGGGAAUGACGCUGUUUGCAUUGCGUGGAUUGGAGUCACGCAAAAAGAUGGCUCUGAUUCAGAUGGAGCGUGGAAUGGCGACAUAGGCGCUGCAUGCGGCCAGUCGUGGUUUCACCAAUACGAAGUUGCAGGACGCUGCGAUGACUGUAAAGACGGCCUUUUUAUACCUCGCUGCACCUGGCUCGACGGUGAUCAUACGAACGAUAUUGUCAGCAAAUCUAUGAAAUUCAACGUCUUGGCUUACAGCAACUCCUCCGUGCCGAAGACUAAGCUGGACGGUAUUGUCUGCGACGCAGCGAUAUAUGGAAAUCAUGAUGAGAUACCCGGUCGCCCUGCUGGACCCUCUGGUGGCAACAUAGAAACGAAACGUGAUGGUGUGGCAAUCGCGAAGAGCCUCAAGCCUCGAGGCGUGCCUCCGCGGAAGCGCUGGAUGAAGGACCGGUUAGUCGUUUCGCAUGUGCCAGGGCAUGAUGCAUCUGAACUCUGCAAUUCCAAAACAAGUUGGGGACCGGACUUUGUGGCAAAUGGUUUCUUCUGUGAUAUGGAGACAAAAACGCUGCAUCCACUGUGCGAAAACAACCCUAUCGAGGGCUGUCACGAACUUGAUACGAGCACUAAAACUAUACAACGGCGUGCUACUGUCGCUAAGCGUGAGGCGAUUAUCCCUCACAAGAGCUACAGCAAUGUUAAAAAAUGGACUGCUGGACAGUCAGAGGAUCUUUGA